ACUCCAUGUUCUCCCUGGCCCUGAAAUGCCUUAUCAGCCUCUCCACCGUCAUCCUGCUGGGGCUCAUCAUCGCCUACCACACGCGGGAGGUGCAGGUACGUCUGAGGACUCAUCCCCGAACGGUCCGUGCGCUCUGCAAGGCUUCGGAAGCAAGGAUGUCCGCUGCCAUCCCCAUCCCACCCCUCUCACGGGGACAAACGGCCGCAGGAGCGAUGGGUCCCCAUCCUUCUCACCCCCCUCACGCUCCCCUCAGCCGGGUGUGAGCCGCAGCUUUUCACCUCUCCCUGUUUGUAGGACGGGGAGGGUCCCGCAUUUCUGCUCUUUCACCGCACGGCCGCUCUGCCAAGGAAAGCUGUGAAAUACUUUCCUAAUCACGCCGCCCAUUCUCUUCCUUUCUGCCCUCUCCGGCUUUGCGGGGAGAUAAAGGCUCUGGUUCGGCCCUCUCCGAUGCCAGCGUUUUGGGGCUGCGGGGAGUCGGGCGCAGCGUGCAGACCGUGCCCUGGGUCUGGGGGCGUCCCCCAGUGCGACCCUGACCCAACACCGCUGUCCCCACAGCACCCAUCCCUCGGGAGCAGCCGAGGAAAGGCGCGGGAGCAGCCGCCUUCCUGCCGGGCCCGCGGCCAAACCGGGGCUAUGGUCACCGAGCAGCGAUGCCGGGAGUUGCCGGCUUCAUUCCGCAUCCACCGGGGGGACACCGGGAGCGCCGAGCGCGGUCCCCUCCUCCUGCGCUGCGUUCUGUGCGCGCCGUCGGGGCUGAGCUCCCCAGUGCAGAGCAGCGCAGAUCUCUGCCCCUUCCACGGUCGAAAGGCCGCCCAGAACAAAUAUUUGAGAAGCUGCGCUGUGCUGCAAUAAUAUUUACCCCCAGGGUCGCUGUGUUUGUGCCCGGCCGGGCUGAACCCGGCUCGCCGCCGCUUCCUUCCUCCCGCUUCUUGUUCUCGGUUCCGUCCUCCCGUCCCGGCUGAGCCCCGCUCAGCGCGCAUGGCAGGGCGGCUCAAAUCGGCCGAAACGUCGCGAUGUGGGGACAGGCCGUUGUGCUGGGGGCCGUGAAACCGAAGCGCCCCCAGCACGGAGGUGUCCCACCCCCCAGCUUUGCGCUGCCCCGCUUCCUUCCACCCCUCCCCGUGGGCUCUCUGAGGUCUCCGCAUCCUCGCGGCUCCUUCUCCAACCGCGCAGCCACGCGGCUUCAAUAGCCGACGGUUCGGUGGCAAUUAGCGGCGUGCGCUAAUUUCCUCACUGCCUUCCCUUCCUCCGACCCCUAAAAACACGUGGGGUCCGGCGCUCGCGGGCUGGCAGAGGAGAAGAGCUGGGUUUGAGUCGGUUUGCUCCCACAAAUCCGCGCCGGCUGUUGGCGGCCCUUUUAUCUUUGAGGUGCUUAUAAAGGGAUCGCUGCUAAUCCGCCGCGGGGAUGGAUGUGGGGCCGCCGGAGCCGUAAAUCCUCAGCCACCGCUCCUCCCCAACCUGCGGGAAGGGCUCAGCUGCUUCCCCGGGUGUUAAUUGCGUUAAUUGCCAGCUCCCUGAGGAUGUUCCGGCUUUCCAUGCGUCCUGCUGGGAUUCCAUAGGGCUGCAGGGCGGUUUUGGGGGGGCUGAAGGGAUCCAUCCGACCCCACGGUGGGCACCCACCGCUGAGUGCAGGACCUCCCCUCAUCCCGUUGCUGCCGUGGAUUUGGGAGAGAGGACUUGAGGCCGUUUGAGGAUUCGUUGGAUGGGAUGUCCUGGGAAGAUGUCCGUAGAGACAAAGGAGAGGAGGAAAGCUGGCUGCUUUCAGGAUGCCUUUCUGAGAGCACAAGGGCGCUCUGUCCCUCUCAAUAAGAGCAUGGGAAGAGGAGGCAGGAGACCAGCAUGGCUUGGCCAGAACCUGCUGGUCACACUGAGGGAGAAGAAGGGAUUGUUGAACCAACGGUGGAAAACAAGGAUGUGUCACCUGGGGGAGAAUUCGUCACUGCCAUUGACAAGAAAGGGAGGAUGAGUGGAACUCCAGGCUGGAAGGAAUGGGCUGUCAGCUCGCUAAAUGCCUGAGGAUCUCCCCUGACAGCUUGGAGCGAUUUUAUAAACAAUUUCUCCAACAAAGCAGCUCAAAGGAGCGGAGCUUUCCCAACACAGGGAGGUGGCCGGGACGCACUGUCUCUUUGUGAUCGACAACGGUGCCGACGACUGGCGGAUCGCCAUGACGUACGAGCGCAUCCUCUACAUCAGCCUGGAGAUGCUGGUUUGUGCCAUUCACCCCAUCCCUGGGGAGUACAAAUUUUUCUGGACCGCACGCUUGGCGUUCUCCUACACUCCCUCUCGGGCGGAGGCGGACGUGGACAUCAUCCUGUCCAUCCCCAUGUUCCUGAGGCUCUACCUGAUCGCACGCGUCAUGCUGCUGCACAGCAAGCUCUUCACCGACGCCUCGUCGCGCAGCAUCGGCGCGCUCAACAAGAUCAACUUCAACACUCGUUUUGUCAUGAAGACUCUCAUGACCAUCUGCCCCGGGACGGUGCUGCUGGUGUUCAGCAUCUCCCUCUGGAUCAUCGCCGCGUGGACGGUGCGGGUGUGUGAGAGGUACCACGACCAGCAGGACGUGACCAGCAACUUCCUGGGUGCCAUGUGGCUCAUCUCCAUCACCUUCCUCUCCAUCGGGUACGGGGACAUGGUGCCGCACACCUACUGUGGGAAGGGGGUCUGUCUGCUCACCGGCAUCAUGGGCGCCGGCUGCACGGCCCUGGUGGUGGCUGUGGUGGCCCGAAAGCUGGAGCUCACCAAAGCUGAGAAGCACGUUCACAACUUCAUGAUGGACACGCAGCUGACCAAGAGGAUCAAGAACGCAGCGGCCAACGUCCUGCGGGAGACGUGGCUCAUCUACAAGCACACCAAGCUGCUGAAAAAGAUCGACCACGCCAAAGUCCGGAAGCACCAGAGGAAAUUCCUACAAGCCAUUCACCAGUUGCGCAGCGUGAAGAUGGAGCAGCGGAAGCUGAGCGACCAGGCCAACACGCUGGUCGACCUCUCGAAGAUGCAGAACGUGAUGUACGACCUCAUCACCGAGCUCAACGACCGCAGCGAGGACCUGGAGAAGCAGCUGGGCAGCCUGGAAUCCAAACUGGAGCAGCUGAGCGCCAGCUUCAACUCACUGCCUCUGCUGCUGGCCGACAUGCUGCGCCAGCAGCACCAGCGCCUGCUCGCCGCCGUGGUGGAGGCUCGGGCCGUUGCCGUGCCUGCCGGCACCCCGCAGACCCCUCUAUCCGAGAGCCCCAUCGGGGUCAGCUCCACCUCCUUCCCCACCCCGUACACCAGCUCCAGCAGCUGCUAAAAGCGCAGAGCAAAGCCCCCUCCUGGCGCUCCGUGGACACGGGGAGAGCUGGCGGCGGCCCCGAGGACUCGGCGUUCCCUCUGGGAACGGCGUUGGAGCGGUGAUGCCUUGGGAUGGACAUCUCCCCCCUUCUCCCCUGUCCCCCAGACCCGCUCCCUUUCCUCCCCCC